GUAGACGAAGAAGAAGCAGAUCAUCAUCCCGGAAAUGACAUCAGAGUGAGUACUCUGCAGGCUAACAGAUGUUAGCAGUGUGAUGCGUGAAGAGGAGACUGUGCACAUGAAGAAGAUAAUGCUAAUCUUACAGAUCAUCACGUGAUUAGAGAGCUUCAAUAUGAGCAGCCAAGGAGAUGAACAGAGAUGCAGUGGAGCACCUGGAAUACGCAGAGAGCAUGAGGAGAAAGAGGAGGACUUCUACGACUGCCAGGAGACUCUGGAGCCUCCAGACCCCAGAGGGGACGAUGAGGAGGAGGAGGAGGAGGAGGAGGGGACCCGACAGGAAGCAGAGGGGUCAAAAUAUUGUCACAUAAAAACUAAGAGACUAACUGACAGAAAAGAUGACACAGAGACUGAGAUAGGAGGAGGAGGAGGAGGACUACAUCAGGAGGAGGAGCAGGGCGACAGGCUGCAGGAGGAGGCGCAGGGCGACAGGCUGCAGGAGGAGGCGCAGGGCGACAGGCUGCAGGAGGAGGAGCAGGGCGACAGGCUGCAGGAGGAGGCGCAGGGCGACAGGCUGCAGGAGGAGGAGCAGGGCGACAGGCUGCAGGAGGAGGAGCAGGGCGACAGGCUGCAGGAGGAGGAGCAGGGCGACAGGCUGCAGGAGGAGGAGCAGGGCGACAGGCUGCAGGAAGAUUCAGAAUCAGAGAUGAAGGAGGAGAAUAAUCAGGCAGUGGAGUUUGAUGAUGACUACCUGAGGGAGGUGGAGAAGGAGCUGACAGGGGAAGAGAAGGAGAGUCGACAGCAGCAGAGUUUAACUCUGAAGGAAAAAGGAAACAGGCAGUUUAAAGCUGGAGACUGGUUGGAGGCGGAGCACAGCUACACAGAGGCUUUGGUUUUAUGUCCAGUCUGUUUCAGCAGAGAGAGAGCCGUCCUGUUUUCCAACAGAGCCGCCGCAAGACUGCACCUGGACCUGAAGGAUCAGGCGAUCUCAGACUGCACUAGAGCGAUAGAGCUGAAUCCAGACUAUGUGCGGGCGUUGCUGAGGAGGGCAGAGCUUUACGAGCAAACAGAGAAGCUGGAUGAGGCUCUGGAGGACUACAAGAAGGUUCUGGACCGAGACCCGAACCAGACCAGCGCUAGGCAGGCCUGUAUGAGGUUGCCUCAGCAGAUACAGGAGAGAAAUGAGAAGUUGAAGGAGGAAAUGAUCAGUAAGCUGAAGGACCUGGGGAACAUGGUCCUGAGGCCGUUCGGACUCUCCACCAACAACUUCCAGGUGAACCAGGAUCAGGACACCGGAUCGUACUCCAUCAACUUUGUCCAGAAACCAAACAACAAUAGAUGACAUCACCACAGACUGAUAUCACAGCAACAUGUGGACAAACCUGUGUGUGUUUCAGAGUUAAAUAAAGUUUGAUGAGCUUCCUGUU